AUGGCAUUUAUCCAAAAAGAAUUCACGCAUCCCCCUCCUCACCCCGCAAUCGGGACCCUCGCCGACUCCCCGACCGCAAAACCGUGGUAUCCGAUCGGCCCUGGCAUCUGGGAACUUCUCCUCAACGGCAACCCCAACUCAGACAACAAGUCUGUUCUACAAUGGUAUGAUCCAGGAACCAAGUCGACGCAGACAGAGCCGAUUACGCACACAUAUUUCGAGGAAGUGUGUUUCAUGCAGGGUGGACUGAAGGACUUAUCGCUGGGUAAAGCUUGGAGUGUUGGGGCUUAUGCUUGGAGAGAACCGGGGAUGGUGCAUGGGCCUUACGAGGCUUCUCAAGAGGGGUGUUUGCAGUUUGUCAAGUUGAUACCGGCUGGGGAGAAAGCAUAG